AUCUCAUUGUUUUAAUUCCAUUUUAUUGAUUUUUUCGCACCAAAACUGUUAUCUCUUUUUUUUUAAGCAAUGUGGUUCAUUGACCCAAUAAUUUCCGCCUCCUAUUUCUCCCAAUUGAGCCGAUUUUGUUAUCAAAUCGUCUGAUUAUAAAUUUUUAUUAGAGUUUUUGAUUAUUUUUUGCUGAAUAAUCAAGUAAAUUUGAUAAUGGAUCGUGUACUCGGUGGAAAAUUCAAAAUGGGCCGGAAGAUCGGAGCUGGAUCUUUCGGCGAGCUUUUCCUCGGGGUCAAUGUACAGACAGGGGAAGAAGUUGCGAUUAAGAUGGAACCUGUGAAGACCAAGCACCCUCAGCUGCACUAUGAAUCAAAGUUGUACAUGCUUCUUCAAGGCGGAACGGGGAUUCCCCACCUCAAUUGGUUUGGAGUUGAUGGUGACUUCAAUGUUAUGGUUAUCGAGCUUCUAGGGCCAAGCCUUGAGGACUUGUUCAACUACUGCAAUCGAAAACUCUCUUUGAAGACAGUUUUAAUGCUCGCAGAUCAGUUAAUCAACAGAGUUGAAUAUAUGCACUCAAGGGGAUUUCUUCACCGUGAUAUAAAACCUGACAACUUUCUAAUGGGUUUGGGACGAAAAGCAAACCAGGUGUAUGUUAUUGAUUACGGCCUUGCUAAAAAGUAUAGGGAUCUUCAAACUCAUAAACACAUACCAUAUAGAGAGAACAAGAAUCUUACAGGCACAGCUCGAUAUGCAAGUGUUAACACUCACCUUGGAGUUGAGCAAAGCAGAAGAGAUGAUUUGGAAUCACUUGGUUAUGUGCUAAUGUAUUUCUUACAGGGAAGCCUUCCAUGGCAGGGCCUUAGAGCAGGAACAAAAAAACAGAAGUAUGAUAGAAUCAGUGAAAAGAAGAUGUUAACACCUGUUGAGGUACUUUGCAAGUCAUAUCCAUCUGAAUUCGUAUCAUACUUCCAUUAUUGCCGUUCAUUACGCUUUGAAGACAAGCCAGAUUAUUCGUACUUGAAGAAGCUUUUCCGUGACUUGUUUAUUCGAGAAGGAUAUCAGUUCGACUAUGUAUAUGAUUGGACUAUACUCAAGUAUCCCCAGCUGACUGGUAGCUCUAAACAACGGCCAUCAAGUGGAAAAGUUGCUGUAAACACUGGAACAUCUGCUGAAAGAACAAAGAAGCCAUCAGCACGAGAAACCCGGGAUAGAGUUUCAGGUGCUGCCGAGGCAUUUACUAGGAAAAACGCUUCAGGCAGUGGACAUCUCAUUGAUCAUUCAAAACAGAAAGUAUCAGAGAAGGCAUCACCAUCGAAUGAUAGGGUAUGCAUCUAGGAUAAUGAUUCUGGAAGGGUACGGAUUUCUUCCACCCGCCCUAGCAGCUUGUCCAAGAGGGCUGUUGCCUCUAGCGGCCGGCCAACCUCUUCUUUAGGGCCC